UGAUCUUAUUGUUCAGCGAAAAACCUAUAUAAAAGGAGGUCGCGGGCAGCUGCGCAGCUAGAACAAAUCGCCUCUCCUCGCCUGGAAUUUGCUGUCUGCUUGGACCGGCUCGAGCUCUGCGAGAAAAUGCAGAUCUUUGUGAAGACCUUGACAGGCAAGACCAUCACCUUGGAGGUGGAGCCAAGUGACACCAUUGAGAACGUCAAGGCCAAGAUUCAGGACAAAGAAGGCAUUCCCCCUGACCAGCAGAGGCUGAUCUUUGCUGGCAAGCAGCUGGAAGACGGCCGCACCCUGUCUGACUACAACAUCCAGAAGGAGUCCACCCUCCACCUUGUGCUGCGCCUGAGGGGAGGCAUGCAGAUCUUUGUGAAGACCUUGACGGGCAAGACCAUCACCUUGGAGGUGGAGCCAAGUGACACCAUUGAGAACGUCAAGGCCAAGAUUCAGGACAAAGAAGGUAUUCCCCCUGACCAGCAGAGGCUGAUCUUUGCUGGCAAGCAGCUGGAAGACGGCCGCACCCUGUCUGACUACAACAUCCAGAAGGAGUCCACCCUCCACCUUGUGCUGCGCCUGAGGGGAGGCAUGCAGAUCUUUGUGAAGACCUUGACGGGCAAGACCAUCACCUUGGAGGUGGAGCCAAGUGACACCAUUGAGAACGUCAAGGCCAAGAUUCAGGACAAAGAAGGUAUUCCCCCUGACCAGCAGAGGCUGAUCUUUGCUGGCAAGCAGCUGGAAGACGGCCGCACCCUGUCUGACUACAACAUCCAGAAGGAGUCCACCCUCCACCUUGUGCUGCGCCUGAGGGGAGGCAUGCAGAUCUUUGUGAAGACCUUGACGGGCAAGACCAUCACCUUGGAGGUGGAGCCAAGUGACACCAUUGAGAACGUCAAGGCCAAGAUUCAGGACAAAGAAGGUAUUCCCCCUGACCAGCAGAGGCUGAUCUUUGCUGGCAAGCAGCUGGAAGACGGCCGCACCCUGUCUGACUACAACAUCCAGAAGGAGUCCACCUUGCACCUGGUUCUACGUUUAAGGGGUGGCAUUUAAACUUGCUACUUACAACCACCCAAGUAAACCUCACUGCACUUUGUUUCAUUAAAGCUGUUGCAUUCCCAAA